AUGCGGCCCGCGGGCCUCGAGAGUCUCCACCGGCUAGACCGGCUGCGUCUGCUGUACCUACUGCUCCUGCUACUGCUGCCGCCGCCUCCCACACGCGUAACCUGCGCCCUGACUCCGCCUGGUGCCUCCAGCGCCUCCGCCACGCCAGGCCUCCCCAGCGCCCCCAGCCUUAGAGAGCGUGCGAGGGUCCUGAUGCGAGCCUUUCCGCUAGUGGACGGUCACAACGACCUGCCUCUGCUUUUGGCACAGCUUUUCCAGAACAAGCUACAGGAUGUUAAUCUGCGCAAUUUCAGCCGUGGCCAGACCAGCUUGGACAGGCUUAGGGACGGCCUCGUGGGUGCCCAGUUCUGGACAGCCUACGUCCCAUGCGAGACUCAGGACCAGGAUGCUGUGCGCUUCGCACUGGAGCAAAUUGACCUCAUUCACCGCAUGUGUGCCUCCUACUCUGAACUGGAGCUUGUGACCUCAGCUGAAGGUCUGAACAGCACUAAAAAGCUGGCCUGCCUCAUUGGCGUAGAGGGUGGUCACUCCCUGGACAGCAGCCUCUCUGUGCUGCGUAGUUUCUAUCUGCUUGGAGUGCGCUACCUGACACUCACCUUCACCUGCAGCACACCGUGGGCAGAGAGUUCUACCAAGUUUAAACACCGCUUCUACAACAACGUCAGAGGGUUGACCGGCUUUGGUGAGAAGGUGGUGAGGGAAAUGAACCGCCUAGGCAUGAUGGUGGACUUGUCCUAUGGAUCAGAUGCCUUGGUGCGGCAGGUUCUGGAGGUGUCACAGGCUCCUGUAAUCUUCUCCCACUCAGCCGCCAGAGCUGUGUGCAACCAUUUGCUGAAUGUUCCCGAUGACAUUCUACAGCUUUUGAAGAAGAACGGUGGCAUCGUGAUGGUAACGCUGUCCAUGGGGGUACUGCAGUGCAACCUGUUAGCCAACGUGUCUACUGUGGCAGAUCACUUCGACCACAUCAGGGCAGUCAUUGGAUCUGAGUUCAUUGGGAUUAGUGGAAAUUACGAUGGGUCUGGACGAUUCCCUCAAGGGCUGGAGGACGUAUCCACAUACCCAGUGCUGAUAGAGGAAUUGCUGAGACGUGGCUGGAGUGAGGAAGAACUUUGGGGCGUCCUUCGCAGAAACCUGCUAAGGGUCUUCAGACAAGUGGAACAGGUGAGAGAGGAAAACAGUGGGCAGAGCCCUGUGGAGGACGAGUUUCCAGACAGGCCGCUGGGCAUGUCCUGUCACUCCCAUCUCCUACCUCAGCCUCACAGUGAGCAUCAUCUGGAACCAAACAAGUGGACAACCAGUCAUGUCCUCCAGAGGCCCUCAAAAACCUCCCCACUUGCCCUAGUGACUGCCACCACCUUCUCAAUCCUCAUCCUGUGGCUCUGGUGACCUGGCCACUCCCGCAGAUGUCACUGUGGCAGUCAUGCACUCCCUCCUAGUCAUUCAGGCACAAGCAUAUGCUGAAAAUAAACAUUUUGGCACAGAGCCAGGUACAAGUGUCCUUCCUUCUUCACGGUGAGCACAAGCUCCCAGUGCUCUUGGGUAGCGAAGGGUCUUGUGGUCUAGCCCCAGCUACUCAAGGUCGGUAGCUCCAUCUGCCUCCAGCUUGGGCUGUCUCAAGAAGGGCAGAGGCAUCUUACAAAAUGCUUAUGCUGAAAGAGGCACAGCCUCUGCAAAGCCUCUAGCCCACAGAAGAACACAAAGGAACUGAGUUCAAUGUCAAUUCCAUCAAUGGAGCAUGACAGUGGGUGGGCUCCCAGUCUUCUUCUAAAAGGUUUAAAUUUGGUUUUUUCAAGAAGCUGAUACUGUUUAUAGAAUAAACGUAACAUGUUUGCAAUUGGCAGGAGAGAAAAUUUGUGAGUGUUUUAAAAUUUUCAGAUGAUGUCCUCUGAUUUUUUUUAGCUGAUUUUUAAGUGGAGGGGAAAAAAUCACCAAAUCAUUAAACUUUAAAAAAAAGAGAGAAAGAAAAACUAAUGCCAUACUUGGCUUACUACAGACCCUCCUUCUUUGGCCACUUUCCUCUCCCAAUCCACAGAGGUGAGCCAGAGCUAGAUCAAAGUUCUUUCUGCGAGAACUUGAUAUUAAAUCACAUGCCCACAUCUGUGGGGAUCUAUUUCUGAAUUCUGUGUCAUUUAUUUGGGCUACUAAUUCUUGUAUUAAUACCACUAUCUUAAUAAUGGCAACUUUAAAAUAAAUUUUUGGUAUCAGGUAGAGUGAGUCCUCUCACCAUGCUCUUUAAAAAUUUUAUAUUAGUCAGGGUUUGAUUAGACAAGCAGAACCACUAUAAAUGGCAGUUAUAAAAUAAGGGGUUUGUUACAAGAAUGAGACCUAACGGAAAUGAGGGAGCAGGUUGAGAAAUCCGUGCAAGGCUGUUGCACUUGCACUUGGUAUUGGGUCUUAAAUCUGUAUAGAUAAGCUGGAGCAAGAAUGAACCCAUAAGGACAAACUGGGACAACUGAAUACCCAUUUGGACAAAAAACAAAGAAUACUGACCCCACCUCACACUGUACAGAAUGCAACAUACAGAAUAAAAUUAAUUUGAAUGUGUUAUUGAUCCAAAUGCAAAUGGUAAAACAAUAAAGCUCUUGGAGGGUAGUGUAGGAAAAUAUACUUGUGACCUCAGCAUAGGUACACUGGACAAAAAAAAGCAUUAACUACAAAGGCAAAGACUGAUACACUGGAUUAUAUUAAAAUUAAUGACUUCUGUUCAUCAUAGAAUACUAUGAAAAGAGUGAAAAAGCAAGCCACAGAAUGGGAGAAUUUUUCAACACGUAUAAUUGACCUAAGGCUUAUAUCCAGAGACAGACAAGCCACCCAAUAUAAGAAUGGGCAAGACACUUCAGUAGAAACUCUGCAAGAAAAGAUAUCCGAAUAAUCAAUAAACAUAAAAAAAGGUGAUCAACCUCAUUAGUCACUAGGGAAAUGCAAAAUAAAAUUCAUAAUGAAGGUGACUAAAAUUUAACAGGUAAUACCAAGUAUUGGUAAGGACAUGGAGCGACAGGCAUUCUCACACCCUACUGGUAGGAGUAUGAAUUGAUAAAACUACCUUGCAAAACAUUUUGGCAUGUCUACUAAAGUUGAGGAUAUACAUAUCUAAGAACUUAGCAAUUCUUUUCCUAGAUACAGAUCCAGCAAAAAUAUCUGCACAUGUGCACCAAAAGACACAAGCAAGUAUGUUCAGAGAAGCAUUGUUUUUAACAAUUCCCAAUUAUAAACAACCCAGCAGUAGAGAAAUGAAUCAUGGUAUAUUAACUCAGUGGAAUAGUAUACAGUAAUGAAAAAGGAACAAACUACAGUUACACACAAUGUGGAUGAAUCCCACAAAGUAAUGUUGAAUGAAAGAAGCCAGACACAAAAUAAUACAUGUUGUAUUAUUCCUUUUAUACGAAGUACAAAAACAGGCAAAACUUAUCUAUGUUGUUAGAAGUCAGUUAUCUUUGGCAGGGGGUGAUGACUAGAAGUAGGCAUGAGGGAGAGCUUCUGGGUUACUGGUUCCUGAUCUGGGUGCUGGUAACAAGGAUGGGUUCCCUUUGUGAAAAUUCAGCAGGGUAUGUGAACUUUUCUAUAUGGAUAUUAUUCUUCAAUACAUGUUUUUCUUUUUUUUUUAAUAACAGGAAAAGCUAAACUUAAUGCUCAGGAAUACAUAUUCGGGGUGUAACUUUUAUGCAGUAUAGGAAAGCUAGGCAGUGGCUAUCAGAAAAAUCAGGAUAUUAUCAGGAAGGUGCCUUCCUUUGGUGGACAGGAAGAGGGCAGCAGCUGGAAGAGGCAUGAAAGUAGCUUCUGGGGUUCUGUCAAUAUCUAUACCUUGAUUUGGGUGGGGAUUAGUUAGAUGUUUACCUUGGGAUAAUACCGCGAGCUGUCAAACAGUGUGAACAGACCCCCUGCCCCACCCUUCUCUAUCCUCACACUCCCUACGCCCCAGUUCUAUUCUCUCAGCAACCGCUUUCAACUCUUUCAACCUUCCCUGAAGAUUCUAGCUGCUCUGGCUUCCCCAAAUACCGAUUUCUUUCUCCUCAAUGCAGCAAGACCUCUGGGGCUCUGUUUGGGCCCUGCUUACCCUCCACAUUGAGGCAUGCGAAUUGCCUCUAGGCAGUAAACUAGCGCAACUGUAGGGUUCACUGCAUUUUGGUUCCCUUCCUUCAGGAAUUAUAGUCCUGCAGGGACUACUGUCUGACGUCUGAAAACCGUUAUUUUAUACAUUUUAUCCAGAGUUAUAUUUGUUUUACCCAAAAGGGUAAAUUCGGCCCUCUGUUAUGCCAUCAUGGUU